UCACUGCCCUCUGCCUCUACCUUAUCCAGCCACACGCCACCAUGUGUCAUACCAGCUGCUCCUCGGGCUGCCAGCCAGCCUGCUGCAUGCCCAGCCCCUGCCAGCCAGCCUGUUGUGUGCCCAGCCCCUGCCAGGCAUCCUGCUGUGUGCCUGUGGGCUGCCAGUCCUCCGUGUGUGUGCCCGUGAGCUUCAAGCCAGCCGUAUGCCUGCCCGUGAGCUGCCAGUCUUCUGUGUGUGUGCCCAUGAGCUUCAAGUCAGCCGUGUGCGUGCCCGUGAGCUGCCAGUCUUCUGUGUGUGUGCCUGUGAGCUGCAGGCCCAUUGUGUGUGCAGCCCCCUCCUGCCAGUCCUCCCUGUGCGUGCCUGUGAGCUGCAGGCCUGUCGUGUAUGCGGCUCCGUCCUGCCAGUCCUCUGGGUGCUGCCAGCCCUCCUGCACCAGCGUCCUCUGCAGACCCAUCUCCUACAGUAUCCCUUCCUGCUGCUGAGCAUGAAUCUCCAGACCCGCUGCUCCCAGUGCAGAUGAGGCCACACCUGUACACUCCCUGGAUGAGUCCUUAGUUGGUCUUCUGCACAUGGUGCAGGUGAAAAGCAUGCUCAGUUGAACCCUCUGAAUUCUGGAUUGAGAAUGUGACAGAAUGAUCUGGAGCCCUUGCUGACCUUGCCCGUCCCCCCAGGGAAGUCUGGGGUCCCAGAGUCAUUCUCUGACCCCAUGAGAGCCAAAUAAACCAGCUUUCCCCAUGCA